UUUGCGGAAAGAAAAAAGGCGAGAAGGAGAAAAACAUUACUAAUCAAGACUAAACGCACGCAUUUGGUGUUUUAACACAGUAUCAAUUGAAUAAUGUGUCAAAUGCUGACCGUUUAUAGUUAAUUAUUUAUAAAUAAUCCCCGCCAGCAUUCGCGGUACAGCGUGUUAGCAACAGACGAACAACCAACCAACAAACCGUCAGACCGUCGCCGCAGUAGUCAAAUUUUCUUACGCACUAUUUGCUCGGUUGUUUCAGAGUCGUUUGUGUCUGUUGGUGUGUCGGUGUGUGGAAAACAAAACGCAAAACGUACGAAAAAGAAAAGUAAGCCAGCUAGCGAGCGAGCAAUAGCAGCAGACAUUACAAAUAAAUCGAAAUUCUAAAAUAACAAGCAACACACACAAUCAUAAUUAAGUGUACAAUGAGUGAGAAACGUGCUGCAACGCCGACAAGGGAUAAUGCCAGGCUCAAAAUCGAACAGGAAUAUAAUGACAAAAAAAAUGGAUCGGGUUGGAAUCGAUACUACAAGGAAAUAUGUGAAAUAUGCGAACGCGGGGCCAAAACGCAAAUGUACACCACACUGGAAUCGGAUCGUCCACAGAAUCGAGGACUGAAUCGAUAUAGAGAUGUCAAUCCCUAUGAUCAUUCGCGCAUUGUGCUAAAACGCGGCACUAUUGAUUACAUCAAUGCCAACCUGGUGAAGCUGGACCGUGCCGAUCGUCAAUAUAUACUGACACAGGGUCCGCUGCAGGAUACGGUGGGUCACUUUUGGUUGAUGGUCUGGGAGCAAAACUCACGCGCUAUUCUAAUGCUCAACAAGCUGAAGGAGAAGAAGCAGGUUAAAUGCCAUCCCUAUUGGCCGGAUCAGCUGGGAGCCAAUAAUGCGCUUAAUCUAAAAGAUGUUAAUCUGUCUGUGGAGCUGAUUCGCUGCGAGAACUAUCAGAACUUUGUGCGGCGGUGGUUCAAAUUAACUGAUCUCGAAACGAAUAAGAGUCGUGAAGUUAUGCAAUUCCAUUAUACAACCUGGCCGGACUUUGGCAUACCCAGUUCACCGGAUGCAUUUCUAAAGUUCUUACAGCAGGUGCGCGACUCAGGUGCACUCAAGGAGGACGUCGGUCCAGCUGUGGUCCAUUGCAGUGCCGGCAUUGGACGAUCUGGCACAUUUUGCUUGGUCGACUGCUGUCUGGUGCUGGUGGACAAGUAUGGCGAGUGCAAUGUAUCGAAAGUACUGUGCGAACUGCGCACCUACCGACUGGGACUUAUACAAACGGCUGAUCAGCUGGAUUUUUCAUAUCAGGCAAUAAUCGAGGGCAUCAAAAAACUGAACGAUCCUAGCUUUCUUAGUGCUGAAGAGCCAAUCAUUAGCAAUGAGACGGAUCCGCACAUGCAGGAUGAGCAACCGCCUCCAUUGCCUCCACGUUCUCAUUCGCUGAACUUGCCACUGGCGCCCAAUACAGGUGGAGUGCUCUCUCUGGAUAUGCGAGCAGCGCAAGCCAAUGGUGACAAUGUGACCAUAGGCGAUGACAAUGGAUUAAUGACCACCGAUAAGCAGACGCUGAGCAGCAAGGAUGCUCUCAACAAUAUCAUAAGCAGUCAACCUGAGAUCAUAAAUGCCGAAGUAGCAGAUAGUUUGCUUAACAAUCGUCCACUCCCGCCGCUGCCCAAGUUGCCAAAGCAUAGCGAACUGGAAUCGGAUAGCGAUGACGACGACGAAGCCUAUGAUGACAACGAAGAUGAUGAAGAUGAGGAAUAUGAGAAUAUUAAUGAGCACAAGGCGGAGCCAGCCAAUGGCGAUGUCACAAACCUUAAGCCCCAUGAAGAUGAUGUUAAUGCCAACAGCGAAAAGCCAACAGCGAUUGAUCAGCACAAGGUCAACGGCAUUGAUGUGACGAGUACCGGGGAUGAGCUGAAACGGCGAAAACGCAAUGAAUACCAAGCAAAUCUGGAACAGAAAGUCAACGAAAUUAAGCGCAAACAGCGUGAAAACGAGGACAAUCAGCAGGCGGCGAAAAAACGAAGGUCAUUACUCACAUAUAUUGCCGCUGGUGUUGUUGUGGGCGUCAUUGCCGUCUACGCGUACACGAAGCUAGGUUAAGUCCUUGCCGUUAGCCACAGAAAACAGUAGUAGACCGUAGAAGUUGUAGCAAUUGAAUCAGAAUAUAGUGGCAUAGUAGCGUGACAGUGAUUCCCAAUUCUGGGCAUAUGUAUCUAUGUAUGUGUAUGUAUAUGUAUGUAUGUAGGUCUUAUCGAGCUAACAUCAAAUGUCAGCGCGACACAAAUUCUUGCACACACACACACAAACACGCACAGAGAUACAAAUACACCCACACAUACACACACGAGUUGGACAGCGAACAAUGCGAUGAUAAAGUCGCAUUAGUUGAAACGAUAAUGACAAUGCAAAUUAGGGAAUUUUUUUUAUAUAUAAAAUAAAAAAACAAGAAAAAAACAGGACAAGAAAUAAAACAACAGCAACAUUUAAAACUUAGGAAAGCACAAAAGUUAGAUUCUUGCGCAAUAGACUGACAUUUUAGAACAAAUUUUUCUCGAUACACUUAACAAAAAAGAAAAGAAAAAAAAGCAAAAACUAUAACAAUGAAUGAAACAUACGCAAACAAAAAGAUGAACAGAACAAACCUUAAAACAUAUAUAUCUAUCUAUAUAUCGACUUGAAUUAAUCGUGCAAAUGCAUUUUUAUUUUGCGCUCGCUAACCUAUGUACAAUUUUUUCACUUAUUUGAUAUGAAAUAAAACAAAAACCUUAUAAGAAGAAGAAGAGAAAGAAACGUUGCUAUCUAAAAUAUUUUAUAUGUAUAUUGUGCACGACCGACCACGCCCAUGCCCACGCUUCACUUGUUGUUAAACACUUACGUUUCGUAAACAUUUUGAAAUACCAGUCUGUGCAUGCAUAUAUAUUCAUAUACAUAUAUAUAUCUAAACAUAUAUAUGUAUGUGUAUCCGUACGCGAUGUGUUGUUAUUUAUGAGGAAUUAUGAUGAAACACACUUGUUUUACUAAUUUAACGGCAAUGAAUGCAUUAAUGUGCCAAAACAAAAACCAAACAAUUGAAUGGAAAAAUUAAUUGAAAUGAAAAAGAAUAUGGAAAUUAUUGGAAAGCUAACUUUGCGCGCUAUUUUUAAAUUUACUUUACCAAAAAAAUAAAUAAAUAAAAAAAAAACGAAGAGGAGGAAGAAUAAGACGGAAAUGAACAAGAAAAUUAAAUUGAAAGUGGAAAUCGCAAACGCCGAUUAAAGCAAUAAAAAUAAUGCAAAUAUGUAGCACAAAAAUAAUAUAUAAAAUUUAUAUAUAUACAUAUAUAAAAUAAUGGAAAAUCUAUAUAUAACAUAAUAUAUGAUACGAGGGAAACAUUUUGUAUUCUAACAAUAGCAUUAAAAUAUAUGUGAACUUAAAGCAGAUAAGAUGAUAAAACAAAACAAAAAGCAAAAGAAUGAGUUAAACUAUUUAAUGGUUUUUAGUAGUAAGAUGCUAUCUUUGAACCCCCUCCUUCACAUUUUCCAGCAUAUACAAAAGCAUAUAUAUAUAUAUACAUUAUAUAUUAAAAUACACAUAAAAUACGUGUAGCGUAAGAAAAAAGCGUCACCGAUGAAGAAACGCAAGUAAACCUAAAUGAAUUAUUUUUAUAUGUGUAAUUCACAAAUUUAACAACUAAAAUUUAACCAACCACCCACAAUGAGAAAGCGAGUGCGCUUAGAAUGACGACGACGACGACGAUGACGAUGAUGAUUUUUAUAAUAUACAUACAUAUAUAAACCUAUUAAAAAUACAUAUUUAUAUAAAAUAUAUAUUUAAAAACAAGUAACAAAUGAACAAUACCUAUAGUAAUACCUAGUUAACUGAACAUUGGCUAAGUACACUGACACAAAUCCAACAAAAAAACACACACACAAUAAUAUAAAUAUAUAUAUCUAUAUUUAUAAAUAUAUAUCUCAUUCGAUAUAUAUAUACCUAUAUAAAUAUAUAUAUUUAUAUGUAUAUGCCUAAUGAGUAAAGAGACAAAAAACGAAAGUAUUCAAAUAAAGUUACAUUUAAGAUACAAA